AUGAUUUCUCAGGACUGCCCUAGUAGACAGGAAAUACAGGGCUCUCUAAAGCAAGUCCAGAAGCUUCUCUCAGCCCAUGAAGCCUCUUACUUGCAGAGUCUUCGCAACCUAAAGAAGAAAAUAAACGUGUUGCAGAGCAGCACGGGGAAGCAGACCACAAGAGUAAUCAACAGUACCUGCCCAAAACUGGACGCGCCUAUCAAUGGGAGGAAACUCGGCAAGUCACACGGCGUGGGCCAUGAGGUUCACGUUCUGUGUGACCCUGGUUAUGAGCUUGUUGGAUCAGAGAGCAGGGUUUGUCAGGAGAGCCUGACCUGGAGCGGCCAGCAGCCCACCUGCCGAGACAUCAAUGAGUGUGCAUCCUCUCCGUGCCAGAACGGUGGGACAUGUGUGGAUGAAGUUAACCACUUCUCUUGUGUCUGUGCCAAAGGCUGGGCUGGAGCUACCUGCCAGAGCCCCACGCCAACAUUCUUUGUCACCAUGACAAACACCUCUGCCGCCACCUCCCCUGCCACCGCUGCUGCUGCUACCUUGCCGGCUGCCACCACUGGGCCCUUUGUCCGUCCAUCACGUUGCACUAUCGUGCAGGGGACCACCCACUGCACCUGUGAGCCAGGAUACACCAUCUCUGGCAGGGACAGCAACACCUGCACUGAUAUAGAUGAAUGUGAGCUGUUUCAUAAUGGCCAGGCUGGGAGACUGUGUUUACAUACUUGUGUUAACACUCCUGGAGGCUACCGCUGUUCCUGUCCCGUUGGAUACAAUGUGACCCGCGAUGGACGCAGCUGUAAAGACAUUGAUGAGUGUGCCACCAGACAGAAUAACUGCACAAAGGAUCAGAUGUGCAUUAAUACGUAUGGCGGUUUCCAGUGUGUCCGGGUGGACUGUCCCAAAAUCCCUAAUGCUACAUAUGUCAAGACGUCGCCUAUGCGUUGUGAACGUAACCCCUGUCCUGUGGACAACAAGGCAUGUUCUCAGACCCCAAAUUCCUUCUCCUACCAUUACCUGGCUGUAGUGUCCAACCUGUCAGCUCCUCGCGUCAUGUUCAGGGUCUCAGCAUUACGUCCAAUGGGUGACACGCUUCGCUUCUCCCUGCUGGGGGGAAGGCAAGCUCGGCGCCACUUCACAGUCCAGCGUUCAGACCGUGUGACAGGUCAGCUGAUGCUGGUGAGCCCCGUGCAGGGCCCUGCCACGCUGGAGGCAGAAGUGGAGAUGAGCGAGCUGGAGAGACGAGUCCAGCUGGGGAGGUACAUUACCAAAGUCACCAUGUUUGUUUCCCAGUAUGAGUUCUAG